AUGUUAAAAUUUAUUUUAGUUGCUGAAGAAGGAUCUGCCAUUCUUGAAGAGUUCACAAACGAAGAACUAGAUAUAAUUCAACAAAUAUUUCAACAAAAUCAAUAUCCUGAUAAUGCUGUAAAUAUACUUCUUGCUAAUCAAUUUAAUACUGAUCCAAUACAUAUUCUUUUAUGCUUUGAGUAUUAUCGUUUAAAAGUUCAUGUUGAUAAUUAUCGACGUCACUAUUUACCAACCGUUACUGCUUGA